CUCUACCGGCUCACUGUCGUGCCAGCCAGUCAGUGCCGUCGCACACACUCACACGCUGACACACACCGACACACAUCGCGUCGCGCAUCGUGCCUGUGUGCUAUAAGGCCAGUGACAACCGCUCAGGAAACCAGCUGCAUCAGAUUCUCAGUUGCGCGAGAGAGAGAGAGACAGAGCGCGCCGCCAACGAAGACAGCAACGAACAUGAUGCACAGCAACAUCUCCCUGCAGUCGGGCACGACGUCGGCGUUCAGUCGGCUGCAGCCGAGUAACCGACGGUCGCCGCCGACGACGCCGCCACCGACGACGACGACGACGAACAGCAGCCCGACGAAGGAGACGUGUAGCAGCUUCAGCGUCGAGUCGCUGAUAGCGAAGGACUCUGACAGAACGCGGCGCGAAGGCAAGCGGCCCUUCACCGUCGAGGGAAUCCUGGAGCUAGAUUCGCCGCAGCCGGUCGGCAAAGAGUACAUGAUUCCGCCGCAGAUCAGCAUCCCGCCGCCUGCCGACGUGUCCGUUAGCUGGGCCUCCUGCCCGACGAACUUCUCGUGGCUCAACGGCAGCAGAACGUCACCGACGAACAUGGACGAGCAGAAGACCGUCAAACCGCUGGCGUCGUGCGUCGGCAUGCUACGAAAGCACAAGGCGAACCGGAAGCCGCGCACGCCGUUCACGACGCAGCAGCUGUUGGCGCUAGAGCGGAAGUUUCGCAUGAAGCAGUAUCUGUCGAUCGCCGAGCGCGCCGAGUUCUCCAGCUCGCUGGAACUCACCGAAACACAGGUGAAAAUCUGGUUCCAGAACAGGCGUGCCAAAGCGAAGCGUCUGCAGGAAGCCGAAAUCGAGAAGCUAAAGAUGGCCGCCAAGCCGAUGCUGGCGCCCUCUAUGGGCAUGACGCUCUCUGGGCUUUAUCCGGGACAUUUCCGGCCGCCGUUCUCCGUCGCCUCGCCGUACGGCUUCAUGACUCCCGUGCCGCACACUGGACUUCUCUACCAUCACUGAUGAUCGAUGGUGUCCAGCCACACGCCUCGCACGUAAGCCGAGCACGUAAUCAGCUAUAUGAGCGAGAGUGGUGUAAAUAGUACGAGAGCUUUCUUCAGCCCACGCGACGCCGCUCCCCCCUGCUCCUCCUUACCGCGCCUCCUAACCCAUGAUCCGCAUUCAUCAACAUCGUCUGCACGGUUCCUGCACGGCUGGCGACCGUUCCUUCGCGCCUCGCAGAGACAGCGAUAUAGAUAAGCUGAUGGCAGACGCUAGACGCAGCAAGCAGGAUGAUGCUGGUCACGCUGAGAGGCGGGCGCUCAGUUUGCGGUUCUCUGUCGACGCGGCUAUAAACCUAUUCUCGCGUGUAGCGGGGUCGAGGCAACAGGACAGACGUGAGGCGCGCGCGACUUCUUUUCAAGUGGGGACACGAUCCAUGGCCUGCCGCCGGCGAUGCGAGCGGCUGAUUACUCAUAGCAGUCCUUCGCUCGUUCGUCAACGUUUUUUAUACGUAUUUAUGUCAAUCGCUAUGCGUUAUUCGAUGUCAUAUAGUUUCAUUAUACGUCGCUAUUAUUAUUACGGUCUUGAACACACGCAUGCUUUGACUCUCUACCCGACCCUGGUCGAUACUCGUUUAUUAUAACCGAUGUAAGUAGUUGAUCUACAUAUGAAUAAAUCGCAAACUAUAUUUAGCAUCAGUGGGUUUUUAACGGAAAACAGAGAUAUAACGAGUAAUAAUCGUUUCUCGUUACGAUGUCGAUGGUUCCGAACGCGGCAUUCGUUUCUUCCAGUAUAAGUAGCGGAAAUUCUGCGUUGACAGCAUGAAUUAUGUACUUCUAGCUAGCUGAAACCCGACCAACCCUCCACAGCGCCGGUAUACGCAUAUUCCCCCAGCAAUAAUAUUGGCGUUUCUUACUUCAUCAGCUGUUUUGAAUUUAGAUACUCACUGCUAUAUGCGUGCGAAUAUUUCAGGGAAACGGAAAGUAGCCCUAAUACUAAUAGUGAGAGCGGGAAGAAAGAAAGAGCUGGAAUGAAAGAAGAGAAGGGUUGUGUGUGUGUGUGUGUGUGUGU